UCAAGCCGCCUGAUGUUCGGCGUUGGCGGCCGCAUCCUGCAGUUGGUCGGCAACUCCGCCUACCAUACCUCCGCGGUGACUGGCGUGAGCGAGCUUCUGUCGCAGCCGCUCGACGAGCAGGGCGGAUUGGACGUGUUUGUGGCAAGCUUGUCGGUGGACACAAAGCCAGACGUCGCCAGCGGCCUUUCAAGUGAAAUCAAUAUAGGCGCAGAACACCUGCAACAGGCCGACAGCCAGACCCAGAGCCCACUAGAUGAGCGGACUCCUGGCCCCAGCUCUGCUGAAACCAGCCAGUCCCAAGGAGCGCAACGCCGGUGCCGCAGUCCCCGUCGUGUGUCGAACCACGGACCCCUCUUAGAACGUGUCGCCGAGGACUGCGCAAGAACUGCGGCACAAAAUGCAGAGACAAACAAACUACUUCGUGGCGUCCUUGAGGGCGUGACCCAGAUGGCCAGUGCCUCGGUACGGCAGGCUGUGGCAGCCGAACGGAUGGCAGCAGCCGCAGAGAGACAGUCUGAACAACUGGCAGAUAUGCUCCGUCACGUGGGUCAGCUUUCGCCGUUGCUGGCCUCGUUCAUGCAAGAAAGGGCCGCUGCAAGAAGACUGCAGUAGUUGCAAUUUAAAUGCCUUAAGGAGAGAGUUGAUUCUGAGGACAAACAUUUAAAAAAUCUUUAUUAUUUGCGUGACGGUGCUGAAAACGUGUAGAUAUGUACAAUUUUAUGUGUUUAUAUUCAAUAUGAGGUUCACUUUCGUUAAAAUUAUUGUGUUCCACAUUUGUGCAAGUUUCAUUUGCACAACUUUCUGGAAAAAAGAUUGCGAUAAACCUUUUCAGAUCUCACUGAACAGUCUGUCGUCAGCUUCUUCCCGAGGCAAGAAAUACAGUAAGAUCAGCCUUAUAGCUAUUAAAAGGAGAUUAAAAAAGCGCACGUUUUCAGCACCAUACCUGAAUGAAUCAGGAUGUAAUGUUUUUUUUUCACCUAGGAGUCAAAAUUUCCCCUUAAAUUCCAACUAUGUUCAUUAGGAUAUUUGUUGUUAAGCCAAUUUUCAACAAUAAUCAAUUUUUUUAUAUUGUCGCGAGAGGAAACGGCAAUGCUUUCAGCUCAGAGCGAACGGCUGUUUAUUUUCUUGUCAGGCGAUCGCAACUACGAACGUCGUCUUUAUUAUCGACCACUAAGAGAGAGCAUGGCUUUAUGGUACUUUUUCAUGCGCUUAAUCACCGUUGGACACAUCUGUGAAAAUUUGUUUUCAGAUAUGUCACCUUAUUCACCUAGCAACAAGUGACCUGUGGGCGGAGAGACAUUGUCUGUCGCAUUGUGUUCAACGGACUCAUGCCAUCUUUUCCAUACAUUGAAGUAUUAAUUAGUCUAGUCAGGCAUCUGUGAUAAUUCAGCGAAUGCAGCCUUUCUGCGUCACGAAUGAGAGAACCAUUUUGUGUGUUAUAUGAAGCGAUUGAGGCUGGCGGCAUAAGAAUAUAUGUUUUUGAUUAAUAUGACAUCUCAGCCACUGCUUGCACGUAACGUUGAAUAUGAGAAGCUGUAUCUGUCAAGUGCUUCGCUGUACCUGAUACGCGAGAGAGGUUCUACUUGCUGUGAUAUUGUGAUUCUGUGAUAUACGUGUUUUGUAUAGGAAUGCUGGCUCAGCAAUACAUUUGUAAGAGACUCAACUAUGUGCCUUUAAAAGGAAGCUUUAGUGUGUGGCCAACUCCGGUGCCGUCUAUUGAAGUAGAUGUAAAACGCAGAAAUGCUUUUAUGACACACACCCUGGACCGGUGUGAAUGAGUGUUGUUGCAUUUUACGAGAGAAACUUAAAUUCUUGUGAAUUCAGUAAGCAGAAUUUCGAAUGAGAGCCUGGAAUAUUUUGCAAAAAUAUACCACUUAAAAAGUAAAAAAAGUAAGAAAAAUGAAGCAGAGCGUUUACAAUUUUGUAACUGUGCACUAAAGACAGAUAUCACAGUUCUGCAAGCUACGUCGGUCAGUGCAUCUAAAUCGGAGGCAUUAGAUAAUUUAUUUACAGGGGACAAGAAUUUGUUACGAGAUUUACAUAGAUAUUGCGAAAAUCGCAAACAUAAAUUACUCGUAUAUUUCUGUUCGGGUAUAAUUAUACAUCAGUUUUUGUUCGCUCUGGAUGCCUUAUUAGUUGCAGUUUACAAAAUUGUGGUAUUGUGUUUCACUACUGAGUUACAGAGUUGUAAACAUGACAGUAUCGUUUCUUGAAAUUUUUUGAAGUUGUGAAAUUCUAACAAUUUUUAAUAAAAAAUGGACGGCUUAAAUAAAUAUACUUAGUCGCUGCAUUUUAACUUUCCUCAAUAAAUGGAAUAAACCUCAUCAAAUUCUGCGUGCCUGUCGCCGAUAAAACUUAUUUAUCUGUUCCCAUCUGUUUAAAUAGGAGCUUCCGGCCGAGCUAAUGCUUUCUCUUAAUGCAGUUUUAAGCAUAGAUGCAUAUGCGACGUUAGUCCUGCUUUGUGUGUCAUUUUUACGAAUACAUCACGAAAGCGCCAGUGUGUUACAUGGAGUGUUUGACCAUAAUCUUACUGUGAACACCAGCGUGGUGACUCUUACAACGUUACGCUUCGAGCUACGUCCACAAUAAAGUGAA